UAAAAGUUGAGGCUGUGGAGACUUCACUGAAGUGCGUGUGUGUAUUUGACAACACCAGCACGGGCUUAGGGUAAAGUAAGGUAAGGUAGGGUUGGGUGACUGCUAUUGUAGUUUUAACUUCAACGUUUUUAACUUAAUAAAUAGGCCUUUGUGGAUUACAUCAUUUUAAUAACUAGAGCAAAAUUGCAGUUGCUUGCUGGCUACAUGGCUUCAAAAGGGAACACAGGAGCAAAUUAAAAAGGCUGCUGGAACAGGGAACACGUUUACAUCCUAUGAAGUUUGAAACUACAAGUAACAGGGGAAGUAGCGUGAUAACGUGGAGGACAGUGUGUUUUUAUGAAAGCUUUUAAAGCAUUUCUCAACGAAACGGACAUUUGGGAUAUAUUGUCAAUUGAGACUGAAGACAAAUUUCUCGGAUUUUUAAAAGAGUGACAAACUGAAGAUAACUGAAGAUAAGCAGAAGUGGCACUACUUGGCAGGCUUCUGACUGUAAAACCUGCAUGGAUGGACGACACAAUCUGGCAAUCUGGAAGCCUACUAAAAUAGAUGUUACCACAGUAAUUCCUGAAUACCAGAACCAAACGAUUUGGGUAAAGAAAGCAGUGGAAAAACGAUUGAGUAUCCAAGUAGCAGCAUUAACUAAUGUUAGAAGAGUACAACAAAUGCAUAACAUUAUAUGAAUACAAACUUUGUACAAGGUUACAGGGUUAAGAAUUAGGUAUCAAUCGUGUUUUUUUCUCUACAAAAAAUAAAUAAAUAAAUAAAAAUGAGCCAGGACAUCGAAGGAAUAACAUUGUCAGUGCCUUCUUUCUGGCCUUCUACAGGAGAUUAUACUAUCAGCGAUCCUGCAUGCUCCUGUGGAGAUGCAGUUGGUGCGUCUAACAAUGCGAACACGGUUCCUGCGGCUGGCACGUACUACUGGAAAGAUCCUACUGCCAGUGGCACUGCGACCGCUCUCAAUUGCCCCAGAACAAGUGGUGGCCUCUUGACAGUAGAUACAACUAAAAACAGAGUAGUCACGGUGGCAUAUGUCAUAAAUGAGGCUACCCAAAUGCACGCUGCAGAGAAUAUGGCACUUCAGUGUUUGAAAGAGGCAUGUGACAACGGAGGCACUAGCCUGGAAAUUCUUCACUUUGGCAAGCUCGACUUUGGUGAAACCAAAGUGCUGGAUCGUUUUUAUAAUGCAGAUAUUGCUGUUGUGGAGAUGACUGACGCAUUCCGCCAGCCUUCCCUUUUCUACCAUCUUGGAGUGAGGGAAAGCUUCAGCAUGGCCAAUAACAUUAUUUUAUACUGUGACACCAAUUCAGAUUCCCUUCAGUCUUUACAGGACAUCAUUUUCCAGAAGAACACUUCAUGUGCUGGAAAUUACACCUUUAUACCAUAUAUGGUAACACCACACAAUAAAGUCUACUGCUGCGAGAGCAGUUUAAUGAAGGGACUGACUGAAUUAAUGCAACCAAGCUUUGAGAUACUGCUUGGGCCAAUCUGUAUGCCUCUGGUAGAUCGUUUUACUAAACUGCUGAAGGUCUCACAGGCCAGUUCUUGCCAGUAUUUCCGAGAAACUAUUCUGAAUGACAUCAGAAAAGCCAGGGAACUGUACACAGACAUGGAGCUGGCUGCCGAACUGGCAAGGAUACGAGAGCGUUUGGAUAAUGUUGAGUGUCUCUCCGCAGACAUCGUCAUUAACUUGCUUCUAUCCUACCGGGAUAUUCAGGAUUAUGAUUCCAUUGUGCAGCUGGUUGAAUCUUUGGAAAAACUACCAACAUUUGAUCUUGUAUCCCAUCCUCAUAUGAAGUUUCAUUAUGGUUUUGCACUAAAUCGGAGAAAUCUGCCUGGGGACAGAGAGAAGGCCCUUGCUAUAAUGUUACCAUUGGUGCAAUCUGACCAGCAGGCUGCAUCGGACAUGUAUUGUUUGGUUGGGAGGAUCUACAAGGACAUGUUUUUGGAUUCUCACUUCACUGACCUGGAAAGCAGAGACAAUGGUGCUUCUUGGUACAAGAGGGGAUUUGAGUCUGAGCCAACACUACAUUCAGGGAUCAACUAUGCAGUCCUUCUCCUGGCAGCUGGGCACCACUUUGAUAAGUCUUUAGAACUUCGAAAAGUUGGUGUGAAGCUCAGCAGCCUCCUUGGUAAGAAGGGGAGCCUGGAGAAGCUUCAGAGUUACUGGGAUGUGGGAUUCUUCUUGGGGGCCGGUGUCCUGGCCAACGACAAUCUGAGCAUUAUUCAUGCCUCCGAAAAACUUUUCAAACUCAAGGCGCCAACAUGGUACUUGCGCUCACUGGUGGAGACUAUACUGAUUUACCAGCAAUUUAAGGAGCAGAAUAUAGAACAGCCCAACCCCAAGCAGGAGCUAAUGGAUUUUUGGAUGGACUUCCUUGUAGAAGCCACAAAGAAGGAAUUGUCUUUAGUUCGUUUCCCUGUGUUGAUAUUAGAGCCCACCAAAGUCUACCAACCUUCUUAUCUGUCUAUCAACAAUGAAGCUGAAGAGAAGACUGUGUCCAUAUGGCAAGUGGCACCGGAUGACAAGAAAGGGAUUCACGAGUGGAACUUUACAGCUGCCUCAAUCAGGGGUGUAAGUGUUUCACAAUUCGACAAGCGAUGUUCUUUCCUGUAUGUUCUGCACAAUGCUGAAGGCUUUCAAGUUUGCUUUUGUACUGAGCUCCAUUGUAAGAGGUUCUGUGAGAUGGUGAACUGCAUCACUGAGGAGUCUGGCAAGGGUCCAGAUGAGGGAGAGUGUGAGGGGUACACCCUUGAGUAUGACUAUGAAUACGAUGAGAAUGGCGAGAGGGUGGUCCUUGGAAAGGGAACGUUUGGAGUUGUUUACGCAGGCAGAGACCUGAGUAACCAGGUCAGAAUUGCUAUCAAGGAGAUUCCUGAGAGAGACAGCAGAUACUCCCAGCCUCUGCAUGAAGAGAUAGCUCUACAUAAACACCUCAAGCACAAGAAUAUAGUCCAGUAUCUGGGCUCCAUCAGUGAAAAUGGCUUCAUCAAGAUAUUCAUGGAGCAAGUCCCUGGGGGAAGCCUUUCUGCUCUCCUGCGAUCAAAAUGGGGACCCUUAAAGAAUAACGAGCAAACAAUAGGCUUUUACACCAAGCAGAUCCUGGAAGGGUUAAAAUACCUUCAUGACAAUCAGAUAGCACAUAGGGAUAUAAAGGGUGACAACGUACUGAUUAACACAUACAGUGGAGUGCUGAAAAUUUCUGACUUUGGAACUUCAAAGAGACUUGCUGGAAUCAACCCUUGUACCGAAACCUUUACAGGAACCCUCCAGUACAUGGCACCAGAAAUUAUUGACAAAGGACCGAGAGGCUACAGUAAACCCGCAGACAUAUGGUCCCUGGGAUGCACAAUUAUUGAAAUGGCGACUGGGAAGCCUCCCUUUUAUGAACUCGGGGAACCUCAGGCUGCCAUGUUUAAGGUUGGGAUGUUUAAAAUCCAUCCUGAAAUCCCUGAGUCCAUGUCCCUGGAGGCCAAGGCCUUCAUCCUCUGCUGCUUCGAGCCUGACCCAGACAAGCGAGCAACGGCAGGAGACUUACUGACUGACGAGUUUCUGACCGUCAGCAGCAGGAAGAGGAGGACCCAAAACAAGUUUGCAGCUCUUUCAGCUGGGUCAGAGUAUCUGCGCAGUAUCUCUCUCCCGGUCCCGGUGGUAGUGGAAGACACAAGCAGCAGCAGUGAAUACGGCUCGGUCUCCCCCGACACAGACUCGAAGGCCGACCCCUUCGUUUUCAAACCAAGAGUCAAAUGCUUCAGUGAGAAAGACAUCAAAGGAAGCAGAUCUUUAUUUUUGAGCAUACCUGUUGAGAACUUUGAGGACCACAGCGCACCUCCAUCCCCUGACGAAAAGGACACUGGGUUCUUCAUGCUGAAAAAAGACAGUGAAAGGAGAGCCACACUACAUAAAAUACUGACAGAAGACCAAGACAAGGUGGUCAAGAACCUGGUGGAAGCUUUGGCACAGGGAAGCGAGGAGACUAUACUGAAACAAGAGCACAUAUCCACACUUGUGGUGAGCAUCAGAGAGUUUGUAAGGACCACUGACCGCAAAAUCAUCGCCAGCACCCUCUCCCGUCUCAAGCUGGAGUUGGACUUUGACAGCCAUGCCAUCAGCCAGCUGCAGGUGGUGCUUUUUGGCGUUCAGGAUGCGGUAAAUAAAGUCUUGCGAAACCAUAAUAUUAAACCCCACUGGAUGUUUGCACUGGACAAUAUCAUCCGCAAAGCUGUGCAGACCGCUAUUACCAUUCUGGUCCCAGAACUAAGGCCUCAUUUCAGCUUGGCCUCAGAGAGCGAUGCGGCCGACCAGGAUGAUGCGGAGGAUGACCUGGAUCCCCAUGACGACACCCGGAAUCGGAGCGGUCCGAGGCAGAGCGCCACCAACGACGACACAGUGCUGACCUCAGGUGUGAGCACACUCAGCUCCACCGUCUCCCACGACGACUCGCAUACUGCUCAGAGGUCUGUGAGCAUGCAGCUGGGGAGGAUGAAACUAGAAACCAACAGGUUACUGGAGGAACUGCUGGAGAAGGAAAAGGAGUAUCAAAGCAUCCUGCAUCAGGUUAUUGAGGAGAGGGACCAAGAGAUCAAACUACUGAGAAUUAAAUCUCAACCAAUUGACAUACCUGCCUCAUCAGCAACUCACCGUUCUUCCAGUGCACACAGUGGGGACCCUGAGCUGACUAACUGGCUGAAGGAACAUGAUGCUGACCAUGAUACUAUAGAGCGGCUUUUGGCAGAAGAUUACACACUGACUGAUAUUCUUCACUACGUGACAAGAGAUGACCUAAAAGGCUUAAGAUUAAGAGGAGGAAUGCUGUGCAAGGUGUGGAAGGCAAUCAUGGAAUUUAGAAAGAACCCCUCAUAAGAACCUUGCCUUGUGAAAUGUUGCUUUAGUGGAAGCAAGCCUCCAUCAAAUCUGAAAGAAUAUCCUCUUGAAGAGACUGCACUUUAUUCUGCAAUAUUGAUUAGUCUGUAACUAAGCUUCCAUGCUUAUGUAAUGCAUUGUUGUUGUUAUUAUUAUUAUUAUUAUUAUUAUUAUUAUUAUUAUUAUUAUUAUUAUUAUUACAUUUACUUACAAUGAAAAACGAUCACAAUUUUUACUAUUACAAUUGUAUAGUCCUUAAAAUAGUAAGUACAUAGAUCUUAUCCUACGGCUGUGUUUUUUUUUUUUUUCUUGACUUUUUAGAUGUUCGUUGUCAUCAGUUUUUACAUUAAGAAAACUGAAACUAACACCGUGGGCUUCUAAUACUGUAAACUCCUUUUAUAUUUUGAAGAAAAUAAAAAAUAGAUGUCAUACAUUUUAGUGAUGAAGUGAAAAAGCAAAACUGUUCUAUUGUGUAAUAAACAGUACAUUGUGCAACUUAACCAUACCAGUUGUUUAGCAAAUAAAUCACCCUGAAACUGGCUAAAAUGAAUGGCACAAACAUGCUGAUGAAUGCAUAUGCAAUUUCUAGGACCACAAAUGUGACCAUUUCGUCUUUUAUAUGUUUUUAUCACAUUGAUAUAGGUAUGCUUCCCAAAAUGUGAUCCCCUUUUCUAUUUAUAUAGUGGAAAGUGGUAUUUCUAGAAGUGUUGACUAUAUUGUAGGACACAAGUUUGUGCAAUGUUUGACCUAGAAAUGGAAGGACAUCGCUAGAAAAUACAGUUUCUCUGUGAAAUGGCAGAAUUUGAGCCUCUUAAACUGCAAAAUCUCUAGCUCUACCUCCACCCCUUUGGUAGUGUUCCUUACAAAUUAUCGAUAAUUGUAUAAUAUUGUCAUAAACAUAAAUCUAAAGUUACAUGUCCAUAAUUUCUGUCACAUCUUACAAAAGCAUUUUGUGCUUUUCCAUCACUGUUUAAUUACCAGUGCAUAUAAUUAUCUUCAUUUUGAACCUGUUUAAACAAUUGCUUACAGUCUGUACACUUAACCUGUUAACAAAGUGCAAUGUAGUCAUGAAUGUUAGGUUAUUUUUUACAAGCCGUUUUACAAUGAGGAGUGUGCCCAUGAACCGUAUUUGUGUGGCACUGUACAUUUUUAUUUAAUUUGAUUGACACAGAAACAGAGCUUAAUUUGUUUUUGUCUCUAUAAUUUGAGACUGAAGUUUGUCUUGAAACAGCAUUGAGUGUGGUGAGAGAGAGAGAGAGACUUAAAUGAUGAAUUAAAUUAAUUUUUAAUUAAAUCAUAUAAAUCAAUAUUAAAUAUUUUACAUGUUGUUUUUUGGGGGUUUUUUUUUAUAACUUUCAAUACACAUUGAAUAAUGCAUGAUCUGUUCCCUAAAAUGAAAUCUAAUUUAAACUAAUAGGUGCCUGUAUUUCUAAAACAUAUUGUACAUUUUUACUGGGUUAUUGCAGCUUUGAUAUUGUUGUAACGUGUUUGAAACACAAACAUUUAAAUCCAAAUCCAGGUUCAUUAGCUUCUAUUUAUGACUGCAUCAUUGCUCAGCACAUGGGGUUAUGUGUUUGUAAAAAAAAUGUUAAUAUUCCUAAUGCCAAGUAGCUGGAAAAUGAUAUGUAAAAUAAAAAUGUGAAUUUUAAAAACAAA